CUUCCCUGACUGAUUCUCUUUGGUUUCGCUGACCUCGAGUGUCCAGAGUCCUCCUUGAAGCACCUCAUAUCACUCGUACGCCUGUAAAAGAGUGGUUCUACAGUUGUACGUGCUUUAAUAGAUUUCGGCCAUCGUGAUCUGUCUACGCGACCUUAACCUCAGACUUGCAAUACUUCGAAACUUAUACGUGCUAUGUUAUAUUUCUAUAAUUAGUGAAAGUUAUUGUCGUGUGCGAUUUUAACAAGAAGGGUAUUGUAUGAGUCAAAAAAUAGAAAAACCAAUAUUAUCUGGUCAGCGCAUAAAGACCAGAAAAAGAGAUGAAAGAGAAAAGUAUGAUCCAACGGGUUUUCGAGAUGCAAUUUUACUUGGUCUGGAGAAAACUGGUAACGAUUUAGAAGCAAUUUCUAAGUAUUUAGAUUCAGCUGGCUCCAAGUUAGACUAUCGUCGAUACGGAGAGGCCUUAUUUGACAUCUUAAUAGCUGGUGGCCUCCUUGUACCAGGAGGUUCUAUAGCUCAAGAUGGCGACAAGCCUGUUAAAACAACUGCCUGUGUUUUUGAACAACCAGAGGAUAUGGAAUCUAUGCGAAAUUUUGAACAGGUCUUUAUCAAGCUUAUGCGGCGUUACAAGUACUUGGAAAAAAUGUUUGAGGAAGAAAUGAAAAAGGUAUUAGUUUUUAUGAAAGGGUUUUCACCUAAAAACAGAAUCAAGUUAGCAAGAAUGACAGCAUUAUGGAUCUCUAAUGGAUCUGUACCACCCAUUGUCCUUUCUGUUCUUAUAAAUGAGCAUUUGGUUAAGGACAAUUUAGCAUUAGACUUUUUACUAGAAGUCUUUGUGACUUGGAAACAAGAAAAAGGUCUGCCUAGUUUAAUGACUGCACUCAAGAAAGGUGGAAUUGAAGGAAGGUUAAUGGAAUUUGUGCCACCAAAUAAACGAACAGAAGAAUAUUUUCGAUCUGUUUUUGAAGCUGUUGGUUUAGCUGAUAUAGUAAAGCUUCAUAAAGCUCAGGCAAGUCAAGAAGCAAAGAGGGAUUUACAACAGUCUCUUAUAGAUGAUUUAGCUAACAAAAGAUCUAUGAAGGAUAUAAUGUUAGAUGUCAAAGAAAUGGCACAAAGAAGUGGUAUCCCUGAACAUGAAGUGAUUGGAUUGAUUUGGAGCGUUGUAAUGACUCAAGCUGAAUGGAAUAAAAAGGAAGAACUGGUAGCUGAACAAGCAGUGAAACAUUUAAAAAUGUAUACUCCACUGUUUGAUGCUUUUACAUGCACUGCCAAAUCUGAGCUUGCUCUCCUUCUUAAAGUCCAGGAGUUCUGUUAUGAGAACAUGUGCUUUAUGAAAGUCUUCCAGAAGAUCGUCUUACUCUUUUACAAAACUGACGUAAUAUCAGAAGAAGUGAUUCUGAAGUGGUACAAGGAGGGACACUCUGUCAAAGGAAAAAUGCUCUUUUUGGACCAAAUGAAAAAAUUUGUAGAGUGGUUACAAAAUGCUGAAGAAGAGUCAGAAUCAGGAGAAGAGGAUUAAACUACAGAU